CGCAGCGGCCAUUCUGUCGCCGUGGUUUCGUAAUGUUUUGCUACAAUUUUCACAACAAAAAACGUCCAAUUUCAGAAAACUGUUUCGGUGUACAAACGCAGUAUCUUUUUAAAGUUUGUUUUUAUUGCUGAACGAUUCAGGCAGGAAGUGUAAGUAUGCCGUUUUGCUGAGCUAACAGGAAAUUAGCUAUUAGCCCAGCGUGCGCGAGGACAAAGGCCUUCCACAUCACUGCAGGCGACGUCUAUUUUCAGCGGAAUGUAUCCUUCUUGGGGGAAUUAUGGUGGCUCUCAAUCGCAGAACUUUGGGGGCACCGGACCCCGUAAACCACUGGUUGCCGGGCACCCCCCACCGACGGGAUACGGCGGCUUCGAGGCCUCGAACAGUGGCUCGAUGUUCUCCAGCCUGCAGGAGCAGCACCGGCAGCAGAUGCAGCAGCUCCAGAUGCUCCACCAGAAACAGCUUCAGUCCGUUUUACAUCACAGCAACGCUCCUAGUACGUACGGCGGCGGACCCUCAAGCGGCCCUGCUGGGUCUUCAUGGUAUUCAGAAGGGUAUGGACAGGUAGACAAUAGCGCUGGAGCGCAGUCGUACUACAGACACGAUCAGCCACCGGUGCGAGAGCCUCCUGUUCCUCAGCAGGAUGUGGCUCAGCCUCCUCCGCCUCCUCCACCACAACCUAACGAGCCCCAGCCUGGUCCUCCGCCUCCAGAGCCCGCUACACUGAAGCCCCCUGACAGCCUGAGUGGCGAAAAAGAGAUGACCAUGAAAGAGUCCUCCGUGGCAGAAGACAAGUCCAUGCCUUUGCAGGAGCAGCAGCAACUUUGGUACCAGCAGCAUCUGAUUAAUCUCCAAAAGCUCCGGCAGGAGAAGGCCAAACAGAAUCAGAAAGAGGGUGAUGUCCUGAUGCCACCAUUACCACAUCAGAGCCAGCCGGCUCCCCCACCACACGAACCACCGAAAAAUGCACCUCCUCCACCACCACCAAAAGAAGAGCCCCCAUCUCCACCUCCACCGCCUAAAGAGGAUCAACAGCAGCUUUGGUACAAACAGCACCUUCUUAAUCUCCAAAAAAUAAAACAGGAAGUGACCAAACCAAAUCAGAAGGAGGAUGAAGUCCUGGCGCCACCACUACCACCUCAGAGCCAGUUAGUUCCUCCACCACAUGAAACACCCAAAACUGCACCUCCUCCACCCCCACCGAAAGAACAGCCCCCAGCGCCACCUCUACCACCUAAAGAAGCUGCUGUCUCACAGGACCCAGAGGAGGCUGCACGCCUGCAGCAGUUGCAGGCUGCAGCUGCACAGUGGCAGCAGGUCCAGCAGCAGAGGGCCGGAAUGCAAUACCAAGCUCUCAUGCAACAGCAUGAAAAGCUACAGCAGAUCCUUGAACGCUACCAACAGCUGAUUCAGCAGCCUGCUGACCUACAGUCAAUGUCUGCAGAAAUGCAGCUCAGGCACUAUGAAAUGCAGCAGCAGCAGUUUACCCCUUUGUUCCAAGACUGGGAGCGCUUUUUCAUGCUAUGGUAUGAACAGUUUCAGUCCUAUCCCCACAAAGAUCAACUGCAGGACUAUGAGCUCCAGUGGAAGCAGUGGAAGGAACAAAUGAGUGCUACCAAUGCCCAUCUUCACGAGCGAGUGGCCACACUCCGUACCAUGAUGCCGUAUGCUUCGACACAGUACAGCGGUGGGAUGAUUGGAGAAUACGGGCAGUACACUGGCCAUAAUGUGCAGUUUCAGCAGCAGUCUGUUAGUACAAAUGUGCAGCAAUCCCAGAGUGCUGUUGGUCUGAGUGCCCAAGGUCCAUAUCCACCUUCUGCACUCCCUGUCACUGGCGGUAACCCUGCUGGAGUAGAAGCUAGAGCUCCAGUACCACCCACCGUACAGCCACCAAACUUCAGCAGUGAUGGUGGGCCAAGAGGUAACCUCAGAUUUGACCAACCACAGCAACGUUUUGAUGGUCCCCCAAGGUUUGACCAACCACAGCACAGAUUUGAUGGUCCCCCAAGAUUUGACCAGCCACGGCAUCACUUUGAUGGUCCGCGAGGUUUUGAUAAGCCACCACCCUGUUUUGAUGGUCCCCCAAGGUUUGACCAGCCACAGCACCGUUUUAAUGCACCUCCAAGAUUUGACUUGCCACCACCACGUUUUGAUGGUCCCCAAAGGUUUGAUCAACCACAGCAACGCUUUGAUGUGCCACCCAGAUUUGGCCAAACAAGGCACCACUUUGAUGGCCCACCCAGGUUUGAGCCACCGCAGCAACACUUUGAAUGUCCUUCCAGAUUUGAGUCCCCAAGAGCACCUCAACCUCAGUUUGGGCAGCAGCCUCCAGUGCACCCCAUUACUCCAAAUCGCUUUGAGUGUCUGCCUGUCCUUGAGCAAAAUGAGCAGAUGGAUUCUCAAUCUGAUACAGAAAAACAGCCAGUCAAUAUUGAUUCCAAGAUUCCAGUAAAGCCAGAAGGACAACCACAGACUGUGACAGAAAAAGACAAAUCAAAGACAAAUAAGAUGAAUGCUGAUGAUAUGACUGUUGACAGCAUGCUUGUAAAUGAAGGCUUUUUUGUCCCGAAUGACCCCAUCCCUCAGACAUUACAAACAAGUACAGACCCAGAAGAUACCCGUGACAAGAAGGAGUCUGACAAUAGUGACAAGUCUAAAGUUGAUAGCAGUGAGCCCUCCAUAAAAUCUCCUGGGUCAUCUCAGAAUACUGUAACACCAAAUACAGACCUGACAAAUACCAAACCCCAACUUGGUUCCAUCCCUCCUGAAAUCCAACAAGAGGUUCAGCUUCCUAGCACAGAGUCUAAACCUGAGCCAGCCACGCCUCUACUUGGUAGAGGACGAGGUAAUCCUGCAGUACCUCUUGCACGUGGGCGUGGACAGAGAGGCCGUGGAGAUUUUAGGGGGCCAAACACAGUACCACUUGGUGACAGUAUGGAUAAAAUGUCUCAUGACUACAUGCCACCCGACAAUGACUUGAGCAUGCAUGAAGAUUAUCAGUGGCAAGACCCCUCAUACGAAGAGUUUGGUGAUGAACAACCAGAAGUACAAAAUACACAAGACAUGUGGAUACCAGAGGAUCAUCACUUCACAACAGAGGAAGAUUAUUAUGAAGAGCCUAUAGUAGGAUCUGCUAUGGGUCGGGGCGGACCGCCCAUGGGUCGGGGCGGACCGCCCAUGGGUCGGGGCGGACCGCCCAUGGGUCGGGGCGGACCGCCCAUGGGUCGGGGCGGACCGCCCAUGGGUCGGGGCCACCCGCCCAUGGGUCGAGGCGGCCCGCCGAUGGGUCGAGGUGGCCCGCCGAUGGGUCGAGGAAGACCACCUGUGUGGAGGGGAGGCCCACCUUCAAUAAGAGGGGUUUCACAAAUUGAAGAAGAAGAAUCAAUGGAUAGGCACUGGGAGGAACCUGAGACUGCUGAGUACUUGGAAGAAGAGGAUGUUUACUGGGAAGAAAGGAGACCUCCAGUGAGAGGCAUGAGACCACCAUUUCCACCUGUCCGAGGACGACCUCCACGUGGUCAUCCUAGUUUCAUGCAUCAAGGUCGAGGGCGCCCUCCUCCAGUACACAGACCGAUGGAUCCUGAGUCAUUGGACACUGAUUCCAUAGAAAUGGACCCAAAAAGGUACCCACUGUUCCAUGGCCCUGACCCUCAUGGUCGUCCGAUGUAUCCUGAUGUGGAAAGAGGCAGGCAUCUAGUUCCACCUCAUGACAUGAGGGAUCCCAUUGGGGAGCCACUAUAUGAUGAGGAAAUGGAACGAGAAUUGGGGUUGCAUGACCCACAUGGCAGACGUCCUCCUUUGCUUCCACAUGAUAUAAUGGAUAGAGAAGGAAUCAGGAGACCACCUAGGGGUCGAGGAAUGGCUAGAGGAAUAAGGCAUCCAGGGCCACCUCGUGAGGCGUAUGAAGAAAGAGUUAUUGAGGGUUAUGUCCAGGAUUAUGGUCAUGGGGAAGAUGGAUAUGGCUGGCGACCUCCCCGGGACUAUCCGCCUGAUGAGUACGAGGACCCAUAUUAUCCCCCAAACUGGGAUGGCGAACAUGUUCCUCCUGAGAAGGAUUAUUACUCCCAUAUGCCAUUACCAGAACGAUUAAGAGAUGAGCACUGGCGAGAGGAAAGAGAAAGAGGGUACCCAUAUCCAUAUGAAGAAGAUGAUAGGGAAAGAGGGGAACUUAGAAUCCGUGAGUACGGGCAUGAGCCAGCUUACCAGCGUGAAGGCUCACCGGCGCCUUAUGAAUGGGAUAGGCCUCCAAGGCUUGCCACACCACCAGGCAGAGAGUAUCCUCCAGCUUAUGAGGUUCGCAGACCUCACUAUGAUGACUACAGAGAAGAACCUCCUUUGGAUAUAGCACCAGACCCUCUUGCACCUGUUACAAAUACACCCGAACACACAGUUGACCCAGCACCACAAGGGACAUCUGGAGCAGGUGUCCUUGCGCUGUCUCAGCGUCAGCAUGAGAUCAUUCUGAAAGCUGCUCAAGAGCUCAAACUGAUGAGAGAAAUGCAGGAAGGGAAGACUGCUGAAUCUCAUCCUGCACCAUCUGAAGUCCUGCCCGAACUUCCAGCUGGUCUUCUCGGUUUGGAGAUCCCACCAGAAGUCAGGGAUGCUCUGAAGAUAAUGAGUGCAAGUGGGAACACGGCGACUGGUCCCUUGUCUUGGGAUCCCAAUUCUAUCACUUCAUCAUCUGUACCUGCAGAACCCACAACUCCAGUGAUCCCAAGGACUGUGGAUUAUUCACAUGGCCAAGGGCCUGAGUCUGGCACCACUGUUGAGCGGAUUUCUUAUGGUGAGAGGAUUGUGUUGAGGCCUGACCCUGUGCCAGACAGGGGUUAUGAAAAGGAACUUCUCGGCCCAAGAGAGCUGUAUGGCAGAGACCCGUAUUAUGAAAGACGGUCCGAUCCAUACAUGGACCGCCGGGAAUACAGUAGGGAGAGGGAAUUGUACAGAGACGAGCCUCUGCAUGAUUAUGAACGGGAGAGAUAUGAGAGGGAACGGUACCCACCUCGAGACGACAGCACACAGUCCAUGGUUGAAGAAAGACCUCUUCGCUCAGGAUACAGGGAAAGAGACAGGGAUGUCCGCAGCGUGGACCGCGGUGCCAGUCAUGAUCGAGAUGAUCAUUAUGGAAGGCCUGCUGGGUAUGAUCGACCUCCUUACGAGCGCGUUGGACUUGACCACAGUGGACCUGAGCGUUUUGGCCGUGGCUCCUCACCUUUCAAGGACCGAAGAAGUUACCCGGAGGACCGUGGGUCCGUCACUGCACCUUCUCUACCACCUCUGCCACCCCCAAGAGUCGAGAAGAAACCAGAAAUAAAAAAUAUUGACGACCUCCUCAAGUCACCUGGAAGAUUAUCACGACCAGAAAGGAUCGUAAUCAUCAUGAGAGGUCUUCCGGGCAGCGGGAAAAGCCACGUGGCCAAACUUAUAAGGGACAAGGAAGUAGAAUGUGGCGGUGCCCCGCCAAGAGUUCUUGUUUUGGAUGACUAUUUCAUGACGGAGGUUGAGAAAACUGAAAAAGACCCAGACACAGGGAAACGGGUGAAGAAAAAGGUUCUUGAGUACGAGUAUGAGCCAGAGAUGGAGGAUACCUACCGGAGCAGCAUGCUGAAAACCUUUAAGAAAACAUUGGAUGAUGGCUUUUUCCCCUUCAUUAUUUUAGACACUAUUAACGACAGGGUGAAACAUUUUGAACAGUUCUGGAGUGCAGCUAAAACUAAAGGGUUUGAGGUGUAUCUUGCGGAAAUCACUGCAGACAGUCAGACGUGUACAAAGCGGAAUGUCCAUGGACGCUCACACAAGGACAUAAUGAAGAUGUCCAACAACUGGGAGAGUUCGCCGCGUCACAUGGUGCGUCUUGAUGUCAGGUCUCUGCUUCAGGAUGCUGCAAUAGAAGAGGUUGAAAUGGAAGACUUCAAUCCUGAUGAUGAGCCCACAGAACCCAAGAGAGAGGAUGAAGAAGAAAGUGAUCUGGGUUACAUUCCAAAAAGCAAAUGGGAGAUGGACACAUCGGAAGCAAAACUUGACAAGCUGGACGGUCUGAGCAGCAGCGGAAAGAGGAAGCGUGAAAGUGAUCGCGAAGCUUUGGAGGACUACCUUCAGCUGCCAGACGACUAUGCCACUCGCAUGUCCGAGCCAGGAAAGAAAAGGGUACGCUGGGCCGAUCUGGAAGAGCAGAAGGACGCAGAUCGAAAGCGCGCCAUCGGAUUUGUGGUGGGACAAACGGACUGGGAGAAAAUAACAGACGAGAGCGGCCAGUUAGCGCAAAGAGCUCUCAAUCGUACAAAGUAUUUCUAAGAAGAUAACGUAUCCCCCUGUCUUUUCUUUGUAUGGAACGGUGUCAACAUCGCAAGCACCAAGCUUUACUUGAGUUGUCACGGGGAUGUGACCAAUGUUUUUUCCCCCUUUCUUUCCUUUUAGCUAUUGGUUUACUGAUGUGGAUACAACAUGGGUUUGUUGUUAUUUUGUUUUGUUUUUUCUUAUUUUUAAACACACCCCAGAUAAACACAUAGAUUUAUAGCUUAUAGUCUGUGUAUCAGCUGGUUGUUUAUGUAAUAUUAAGUAAUGUUUGCUGUUUUUAUGUGUUCCAUUCAGUGUACUGUACACCUGUAACAAUGUACUUGAUUAAUUCUUCCUUGUUAAAAAUAAAUAAAUGAGUCACAAA